AUGGAUUCCUUCUCAAAUUACAGCUAUUUCCAAAAUGAUACAGACUACUAUGAAGAGCAGUCUUUUUCUUUAUUUGACAUUCAUGUCCUGGUGCCUGUGACUAUAAUUUCCAGCAUCAUGUUUUUCUUGGGUAUCACUGGGAAUUUGCUAACACUAUUAAUUUUCAAAAGAUACAAGGAAAUGAGAACUACAGUUAACAUGUAUUUAUCCAGCAUGGCAUUGUCUGACAUUCUGAUUUUCCUUGGUCUGCCUUCUGAUUUGUACAGGAUUUGGAAAUACAAGCCAUACAUAUUUGGGGAUUUUCUCUGCAAAUUUUUAUUUUAUCUCAGUGAAACCUGCACAUACUGCACCAUCUUGCACAUCACCACUUUGAGUGUCGAGCGGUAUUUUGCAAUAUGCUUUCCUUUGAAAGCCAAAACAACAAUCACUAAAUGCAGGGUGAAAAGGAUCAUCCUUUCUUUAUGGGUGUGGGCUCUCCUGACUGCCAGCCCAAUUCUGUUCCUGUUUGGUGUGGAACACCGCAAUGGAAGCCUGCCUGAUGAAGCCAAGGAGUGCAAUUACAUAGAACGCUCAGCCCGCACAGGACUUUUAGAAACAAUGACUUGGGUUUCAACCAUUUAUUUUUUCCUACCAGUGCUUUGCCUGACUCUGCUCUAUGGACUCAUCUGUGGAAAGCUUUGGCGAACCAGGCACAAGCUGAGAGGACCUCAGGCCGCAAGCAGAGAAAAGUACCACAAACAAACUGUCAAAAUGCUAGCAGUCGUAGUCCUGGCCUUCGUGCUGUGUUGGCUACCAUUCCACAUCGGCCGAAUCCUCUUUGCCCAGACCACAACCAUCCUGUAUGACAUCACUCAGUACUUCAAUCUCAUCGCCAUGCUUCUCUUUUACCUUGGAGCAUCUAUAAACCCAAUACUUUACAAUGUCAUGUCACAAAAAUACAGAAAAGCAACGAGCAAAAUUCUGAACUACAGUCAAGUCUGGCAAUCCAGAAACUUGACAAGGAGCGAAAGGACUUCUUUUGAAGGUACAGAAGUCAGUUCUGUCAUGUAA